AUGGAAGCACUGGGUGCUGCAGCCAGCAUUACCCAGUUCGUCCUGCUCUCACUCAAAUGUGUGAAAGAGGCCCACGAUGCUCUCUCGCAGUACAAAGACGGUCCGGAUAUUUUAAACCGUCUAAGAAACGACCUUCUUUGUGCGCAAAACAUCUUGGAGACCCUUCGCCAUUCAGCAAAUGUCCCUGCCAACCCAGUUUUAGAUGCACACAUUCAACAAAGCAUCGAGGGUAUCGGUUCAAUAGCAGAACAUCUCGUCAAGUUACAAGCCACACCAGGAGACAAUGGAGGUAAACGUCUGUGGAAGCAUCUUAAAAUAGUUCUGAGCGAGAACGACAUGAAUCGCAUAAGAAGUGAGCUGGCACAGAUCGUCAACAAUCUAAAUGUCCGACUAUCUGUUUUAUCUUUGAACACAGUUUCUGGGAUAAUGGACGAGACACAACAGGUUCGGCAGCAGAUGACUGCAAUGGACGCCUUGAUGCAGUCUCAUAAUCGAUUACAAACAGCUGGUUUUCAGGCAGUUGAGAACAACCUAUUGACCACUCACAAUGAACACCACAUAGACUAUCAAAACAGGUUGUCUUCAAUUCAACAGGCACUUGACUCAACAUCAUCCAUAUCCGUGUCGAGAUUUACGGAUAUGCGCUCAUUGUUGAAUGAGAUUAAAGAUCUUGUUGUUUCAGAGGCCAAGGCUACAAGAGACGCAUCAGCUAGUAACAAUGUUGGCAGCGAUAGUGCCAGAAACGAACCACAGAAUUCGGCUAUUUUGGAAAGCAUCGAACGUCUCGGCGCCUUGAUCAAUGCAAAACGCGAGUCUUGCAAUGUCUAUGCCGAAGAGGAUGACCUAGCGGAUUCGGCAAUAGAAGAUCUGCAAGAUCUGUUGACUGCUAUUCGAAGGGAGAAGCAUUGUAAAAUCGAGAAAGAGAUGUUGGAUGGAUUGCGAAGAUUCAGUCGGUCUUUUGGGCAAUACGAGGUGUCCAUUAACUCUCGAAAUAAUGGGAGUCGUCAAGUCACGGGCAGGAUUCUGGACCAAGAACGGACUCACAAACAAGCAGAUAUUGGUCUAGGACAGAUGAGCCUCAUGAUCCACAAGCGAAAACGAACAGUUUCCACCGAGGAUGAGAGAGGUACAACUGGGCUGGCCAAAGGGCAUCUGACUGACUACAACAUGUCGCUCACCUUUCUGCCUAAUGGGAACCGGAAUCAUCAUAUGUUGAUGGCUACAAUAACUCAAAGAGAGAUCCUGGCUGGCAGCAUCGCGUCCAUCUCACAACUCCAAGUGAACAGAGUCCUUCCGUCAAACUCACCAGUAUUCAAGCUUGUGAAGCAAGGCAAGAUAGAAGAACUCUGUCAGUUAUUCCAGAGCGGCAAGGCUUCUCUUCGAGACCAUGAUGAAACUGGCUCCUCUUUGUUGUUUUAUUCUUUGGAGCAACCAGAAAUGUGCAAAUUCUUGCUAGAGGAGGGACUUGACGUUGAUCAUGUAGCGUAUGAGAAAGUCGUCAUUUUCACACCUGAGGUUUAUAACUGCCUACAAUUGCAUAGUGGGUGGGAGGACACUGUCAUACCAGAUCAACAUCUCAAACAGAUUAACGCAUGUCGCAAGUUGCUGUUGAACGCGGGAGCCGACCCAACAUACAAAGACCCGAAUAAGGAAAGUUCAAAGAGCUUCCUCGACACAGUGCGGGCUUUGCCAGAUCGAGUUGAUACCAUCGACUUUGCAUGGAAUUCAGGACUUGUCACUCCUUUUGCAAGCUUUCGAGAGUGGACCAACUAUGAGGGCAUGUCGACAUUCUUGAAUGCCUGUACACAUUUCAAGAUAUCUGUAGACAUCUUGAAACACCUCGUGGCUAUGGGCGCAAACAUCCACGAUCGAUCAAGCAAAGGGGAGACGUGUCUACAUUUAUUGGUUGACCAUACUCCUCCAAGCACAGAGAUUGUCGUCAGGCUAGAGUGUCUUGCAUAUCUCCUGCAACAGGGAGCAGACCCUUAUGCUCGGGAUAACGAAGGCAACACUCCCUCAAGCAUUGCUUAUAGUAUGCUGGGCCACAGAGACACCAUUGAUGGAACUCUUGGGGACGUAUGGGACGCAGCUUUACACGGCAGCGGGUUUGAUAUUUCCCACUUCCGUAAAACAUUUCGUCGUAGACCAAGAUACGACUGCUCGUUCUACACGCGACAGAUGUUCGAAGAGCUUUGGAGAGGAAGAGAAGAUCAAUGCCCGUACUGGGACGACGAGCCAUGGCCACCUGUUGGACCUGGGGAAAGGAACAGCGAUCCUGAUUCCGACAUCAAUUCAUACGGGUGUGUUUCGGAUUUUGAUGUAUGGGACGAUGACGAUCAAUCGGAGGAAGACGAUGAGGAAGAUGAAGAUGGGGGUGCGCUACUAUGA